AUGGACUUUGCGCUCCGAGUCGCUGAGUCAACUGCUUUCGCCCUGCACAGCGCGCUCGGAAUCACAGAGCCAUGCCAUGGAACCGUGGAGUCCACCUUGGGGGGCGCGGGGUCGCUGCCGAGGUGGUUCUGGCCUACUGCAGGUCUCUGCUUGGGACUGGUCUCCUAUGCAAAUUUUUCGGGCUCGUCCCAAGCUGUGCUCUGUGCGCAAGCAUACAUAGUUGCCUUUCAUAGCGGCGCAAUGUUUUGGCACUGGCGUCUUCAACACCACCCUGUUGCAGCCCUUGCCCCAGGCGUCUUUGUGGUUCUUGCGGCCAUUGUGGCUGGGCUGCGCGUCAGCAUUUUCGUUGCGUUGUUGGGAACUGCGAUUUGCGCUGCCUUUGGAGUCAUCCUGGGCCUGGUGCUUGUGACACCACCGCAGAGACACACAGCACUGCUCGGCUAA